UAUACAUCCGGCUUGAGGUCGAUUAGGAUCGCCAACUUUGUUGUAUUGCUUACGUAAAAUUAAUACAUAUAAGCUUUCAGGAAGUAUUUCAGCUUUUAUCGAUGUAAAAUUAAGAGAAGAUACAAUAUUGAUAAAUAAAGAAUGGGAGAUCCAUCGUCGUUAUAUGUGAUAGUUCCUAUAGUGGUAUUUCUAAAGAUAAUUAUCUGGGUAGCUAUUUGUUAUAGACGUUCCGAUAGAUACAGAAAUUCAUGUAGUAAUCGAGGCGUGAUUAUUGCACAUCCGACUACAAUAAUUCACAGAACCGUGAUUCAUGGGCCAGCUGACAAUGGUGUUACUGGUAUUGAAAAUCCUGGAUAUAUGCAACAACCUCCACCUUACACCGAAAUAACAGGUCCAAAUCCAACACAAUCAUCGGCGCCACCAGCAUACGAUCAAGUUGUCAAAGCUACGGGAUACGCAGAACAAUAUAAUCGGGGUACACCAGGUUAUUAGUGCAUUUGAGUGAAUACAACUAUUUCUUACUCCUUGUAACUGAUCUUAUUUAUCUAAUAUUAGAGAUUUAAGCGAGUAUUUGUUAUCAUAAGCCAAACAUAUAUGUAUUUUUCAAGACUGUUGAACUCCGUAAAUUCAUUUUCAUGUCACGGUACACAGUCGUUAAAAUCUACAAAUAGAGAUAUUUAUAUUAAAUUUGUGCAUUGAUUAUUGACUUUGUAGAAAACUAAUAUGUUUUGACAAAAACAGUCAAUGUAUCCAUUUUAAUGAUUUUAAAUACAUUUUGUUAUAAAGAACUUUGAAACAAAAGUUCCAACAAACAAUUUUGAUUGCAGAAUGAUUAAACCAUCAAUUAAGCCAUAAGGAUAAACACUUUUUAUAAAUUUCAUGAGACUAAAUCAACUUAGUUGUCAUACUUUUUUGAAUAGCCCCAUUCAAACAUUAAUCUUCACUUUAUGGUAUCUUUGACAUACUCAUUCCGAUCAUUUUUUAAAACACGAAAGAACUGCCAAUGAUCAUAACCCAUAUCCGUUCACUCGCACAUGUGUUAUGGUGAUAUAUUGUUAGUGACGAAAUGGAUCAAUAGUAAAGUAGUAAUUAUUUAAGUAUCAAAAUUUGAAGCGAACAUAUAUAAAUUGAUGCACACUUUAUUAUGUGAAAAUAUUAAUAAAUUGUAUGACUAAGCGGCCAAUUACAAGAGAGUGCUAUAAAACUUUGAUAAAUUUGAAAAAAAUGUUUAACAAAAACCUAACAAUAUCAUUGUAUCAAUGACAAAUAGGAUAAGUAGACUUUUUCAAAUCACUUAACUCAGUACUAAGAAUAAGUAUUACUACUAAAUAGCUCGAUGUAAUACCACCUGUUCCAAAAUCAUAAGCCUACUUUAUAAGUUGGAUUGUUUAUUUCAAAUAGUAUAUUAUUUUAUAUUUGAGAUUUAACCAGAAGAAUAACUCAAUGAACCGAUAUUAACCAUACAUUGUUAAACUCAAAUAUCUAUCUUUCGAAAAUAGUUUUCAUUUUGUGAUGUUUUUUACUAAGAUAUUCAACUUUAUCUUCACAAUCUAUCACUUUCUUUAAUUUUUUAAAGGCAGUAUACGAGAAACUUUUGUGAUGAAUGCAAACAUGUAAUACAUAUAUAUAAACUUAUUUUUACAUUUUUGUGAUUUUUACACUCAAUGUAGAUACGUUUUGCAAAUAUUUCACAGACACUCUUUUUUCUAUGAACAAAUCUAUCCUUUUAUUGAUUAUGCACUGUACAUAAUCCAAUGUUGUAUUGAAUUAUUAUAAUAAUAAGCUUAUUCACAAAGAACAAAAAAACUAUAUAUGACAGUUGUCAAGACUACUUAUAUCUCAUUGUUAUUUCUGAGUGUUGUUGAUUAAAGAUGUGUGUUGUUGUGUGUGUGUGUGUGUGUGUUGGUGUGUGUGUGUGUGUGUAUGUAGUUAUUUUGCAUGAUUAUUUAAAAUAUUAAAUAUUUCAAUAGAAUUUUUAUGAAUUUUAUUAUAUAUAGAAGCAUUUUCUACAUAAGAAAAUGUAUGUUCGAAGUCAGGAAUAUAACAGUUGUAAUAAAUUUGUUUCACAUG